CCCAGCCAUUGAUCAUUAUUCUGAUCUAACGGUUGGGGAUAAAAGAGGCAAUACCGGCGACGCGUUAGGGUUAAUAGCGGCGACACCCUGUCUCCGCUAAAGGUAGGUGUCCCACUUUAAUCCCCAGCCACACAAAUCUUAUCCUGGUUGACCCAAUACCGGCGACAAAAGAACCAGUAGCGGCGACAAGGCGUCGCCGGUAAAAGUCUUUCCGUAAACUCCCUAUACAGCGCCAUUUCUUCCCUCCUUCUUCACUUUUUCCCCCAAACUCUUCACCUUACCGCCGGAGAACCGCCUUUUUUCACCAAAUCGAAAAUUCGGAUCACCACCAUCACCUCUCCGGUCACCACCAUCACUUCUCCGGUCACCACCUCGUCUCCGCGGUCUAUAUCUACUUGAAAGCUUGAAAUUAUGGGAUUAUGUUUUCGAUACUGUUGAUAUUCGCGUAUCUGAUGGCUGAUGUGGCCCCCUGGGGACAUGGGGGUGACGGCGCUGGUGAUCCACCGCUUCCUCCUGGUGGAUUUCGUGGCACACACGAGACAGACGAUAAGUCUUUUACUAAAUUAUUUUGUAGUCCUUAUAUUUUAUAUAUUAUAAAUGUUGUUACUAAUUAUUUUUGUUUUAAUUGCAGCGGUUCCCCCGAAGAGGGUUAGGGGGAAAGCAAAAAACGAGAAACUAAGGCGUCUGGUAAAAGCGGGGGGGCCUGUAUCGCUUACGUUUGACAGGCAGGUGACGUAUACCCCUGUUGGUAAAACAAGGGAUAUGUUUUCACGGGAGGCCGGCCUGUAUAUGUGGCGGUCCAUCCCCUUCGAUAAAAUUGGAUGGGAUAACGUUGAACAACAUUACAAGGAUGCCCUCAUGAACCACUUACGGGAAAAUUUCAAUUUUGAUGAAGUGGAACGUGAUAUAGAGGCCAAAAACUUGACGGGUGGCAUUAGGGCUGUGCUUAUGAAGCGGUACUCUGACCGCAAGUACGAUGCUAAAAAAUUAUUUAAGAGCAAGGGAGGUUACGAUGAUCUUGAGAGUGCAAGGGCAUUCCAUCCCAAGGAUAUGCCCUAUGAUAACUGGUUGAGAACCAUCGAAGGUUUCCGGGAAGAAAAAUAUAUUAAAAGAAGCAAGGCCAACACACUAGUACGCGAGAAACAACAAUUCCCAUACUGUGGGGGGACAUCUUCGUACGGUAGCACCGCCUAUAAAAAUGAUAUGGAUUGGGUACCUACGUAUGCUAAAACCCACACGGACAAUCAAGGGAAUUGGGUUGAUCCGGUUGCUGAACAAAAUUACCGGAACAUACAACAUGCCACUAGUGAAUGGAGCGGUGAGGGUCCGCCAAUUGCCCCGUAUCAGGAAGCGUUGGGUGAGCGGCGAGGAUGGUACCGCGGGAUGGGGCCUAAACCUUCUUCCAACACGUCCUCGCACUCGUCAUCUAACAUGUCGUCUUCCCAAGCUCGGACGCAAGAACCCUUUUCCGAGGAUUUUGUUAACAGCUUGUUCCAAACCCCGUCAUUUUUGAACCAACUUAACAACUAUCUUGCUUCACAAGGAAAAGGAAAAGGAAAGUCAAAAGACUACGAUUCUGACAACUUAUUCGAUAAUGAAUCCGACGAUGAACCCAACGAUAACGAUGACGAUGAGUGACUUGUUUUUAAUGUAUGCUUUGGAUUUAAUUAAACGUUGUAGGAUAUAAUGUACGACUUAAACGUAGUUUUUAAUUAUAUUACCUUUAGUAUAUGUUGAUUAUGUUCA